GGGGAAUAUGGAAGGAAACUAACUUUGACCCCUGGAUUCUGGCUCUGGGCCCAAAACUUGGGUGGAAGGCAGAGGCCUCCGGGACCCUCCCCGCCCCCUCCUCCCCGCCCCGGCUCCCCCUCCCUCCUCUCCGUGCCCCUUUAAGCUAUCCAGCAGACUGAGAAAGCGUCGCUCCAGGAGGGGCUGGCGGAGUGCUGGAGGGGGAAGGCCGGGGGCGGAGGGAAGGGCGGUGGGAGCCCGGCCGGUCCCACCCCUAGCUACAACCCCGGCAGGAAGAGCUCGUCGCGGGAGCCGCUGCCGAGAGGGAAGAAGCUCCGGAGGGCGGGCGCCCGAGCCUUGCCCGGAGCGGGCGGGGCAGCCAUGCUCCUGUCCGGGGGCGAUCCCCCGGCGCAGGAAUGGUUCAUGGUGCAGACAAAAUCGAAGCCUCGUGUGCAGCGCCAGCGGCUGCAAGUGCAGCGCAUCUUCAGGGUCAAGCUGAACGCCUUCCAGAGCCGCCCGGACACCCCCUACUUCUGGCUACAGCUCGAGGGGCCCCGAGAGAACAUGGGCAAAGCCAAGGAAUACCUGAAGGGCCUGUGCAGCCCGGAGCUGUGGAAGGAGGUUCGCUACCCACCGAUCCUGCACUGUGCCUUCCUUGGGGCCCAAGGCCUCUUCCUGGACUGCCUCUGCUGGAGCACCCUGGCUUACCUGGUGCCUGGCCCCCCUGGCUCCCUGAUGGUGGGCGGGCUGACUGAGUCUUUCAUCAUGACACAGAACUGGCUGGAGGAGCUGGUGGGGCGACUGCGUUGGGGCCCUGCCCCUCUGCUGACCCCCCGGGGGAUCUGGGAGGCUGAGGUGACCCGGGCCUUUGGGGCCCUGGUCUGGAUCCGUGGUGACCAGCAUGCAGGGGACCUACUGCAGCUGCCCCCAGCAGUCCAGGAGCUGCUGCUGAGCCUGGUGCGGGAUGCUGCGGGCAAGGAAGACAUCAUCGAGUGGCUCAGCCACUUUGGCAUCUCUGACAGCCACUCUGACCCAGAGGUUUUGAUCUGCCCACCCCAGCAGCAGAAGGAAGCCCCAGCCGUGGUAUCUGUGGGAGAGAGUCCUGGACCCUUUCUGGACAUGGGGACCCUCCAGAACAGGGGCCCAGAAAAUUCAAAGAGGUUAUCUAGCCUGGGAGCCACUGGAUCCCUGAUCCCAGCUCAGAGCACACCGCAGGAGACAGCAAACCAGCUGGUACGGGUCGUUUCCAACAACCAAGGUGGUAUGGACAGUGCUCGAGAGGAAGGGCCAGUACAAGCCACCAGCAGCCAAGACUCCGCGAACUACACACAAGCCUUGCUGCAGCAAAGGCAGGUCCAGAGGGUAGAAGACAAACUCCUCUUCCAACCUCCAGUAUCAGCCCUGGGUGUGUGCCCACCCUGGAAGGCCUGGACCCCGGGGACAGCCUUUGGGCCCUUGUGGCCUGGGACUAUUGCUGCAACCUUCUGGAGGAUCAAUGAGCUGCAUUCUCUCCAUCUGGCCUGGCUCCUGUCCCAGGCGUGCUUCAAUUUCCCCUUCUGGCAGAGGCCACUGGGACCCAUUCAGUUGAAGCUGCCAGGGCAGAAUCCUUUGCCCUUAAAUCUAGAGUGGAAGCAGAAGGAGCUGGCUCCUCUCCCCAGUGCGGAAAGCCCAGCUGGUAGACCAGAUGGGGGGCCGGGAGGAGAAGCAGUCCUGCAAAAUUGCCCACGGCCAGAGACUCCCCCAAAAGUUAUGAGUUUAUUGGUGGUCCCAGAGAGCUCAGAUGUAAAGGACAAAGUUAGCUCGGAUCUUCCACAGAUAGGGCCACCCUUAACCUCUACACCCCAACUACAGGCUGGAGGUGAGCCGGGGGAUCAAGGGAGUAUGCAGUCUGACUGUAAGGGACUGGAAGAGGGACCUGCUGCAGUGCUGUCAGCAGGGAAAGGGAAGCCCAUGGCUCAGCGGGGGCUGACAGAUAAUUCAGUACCUGGAACUCAAACAGUGCCUGAAGCUCUCAAAGUGCCCAUGGCUGCAGCAGUGCCCAAAGCUGAAAAUCCCCCCAGAACUCAAGUGCCAUCUGCAGCCCCCAAAGUGCCUACAUCGCAAAUGAUGCUGGCAGUGCACACAGAGCCUGCAGCUCCCAAAGUGCCUUUGGCUCCAACAAAGCCAGCAGCUCAGUUGAUGGCCACAGCUCAAAAAACAGUUGUGAAUCAACCGGUGUUGGCAGCUCAAGUGGAACCCAUAACUCCAAAAACUCCCCAGGAUCAGAAGAUGCCUGUAGCGAAAACAUCACCUGCAGGUCCCAAAACACCCAAAGCUCAAACUGGGCCUGCAGCUACAGCUUCCAAAGCACCUGCAGCUCCCAAAACAACUGCAGCUCCCAAAACACCUGCAGCUCCCAAAGUACCCGUGACCCCCAAAGUCUCCAAAGCUCCCAAAACACUUGUAGCUCAGAAGGUGCCCACAGAUGCAGGGCCAACCUUGGAUGUAGCCAAACUUCUGAGUGAGGUCCAGCCUACAUCAAGGGCUAGUGCCUCCUUACCGAAGGGCCAGGGGCAGGCUGGAAGGCAGGGUCCCCAGCCCAGUGGUACCUUGGCUGUCAGCAGUAAGCACCAGUUUCAGAUGGAGGGGCUCUUGGGGGCUUGGGAGGGGGCCCCAAGGCAGCCACCUCGCCACCUGCAAGCAAACAGCACAGUGACCAGCUUCCAGAGGUACCAUGAGGCCCUGAAUACACCUUUCGAGCUGAACCUCUCAGGGGAACCUGGAAACCAGGGGUUACGGCGAGUGGUCAUCGAUGGCAGCAGCGUGGCCAUGGUGCAUGGCCUCCAGCACUUCUUCUCCUGCCGAGGCAUUGCCAUGGCAGUGCAGUUUUUCUGGAACCGGGGACACCGAGAGGUCACUGUGUUUGUACCCACCUGGCAGCUGAAGAAGAACCGGAGGGUGAGAGAGAGCCACUUUCUGACGAAGCUACACUCGCUCAAGAUGCUUUCAAUCACGCCCUCCCAGCUCGAGAAUGGCAAGAAGAUCACCACCUACGAUUAUAGAUUCAUGGUAAAACUGGCAGAGGAGACAGAUGGCAUCAUUGUCACCAAUGAGCAGAUUCACAUCCUGAUGAAUAAUUCCAAGAAACUGAUGGUCAAAGAUCGCUUGCUGCCUUUCACCUUUGCGGGGAAUCUCUUCAUGGUGCCUGAUGACCCCCUGGGCCGUGAUGGCCCCACCUUGGAUGAGUUUCUGAAGAAGCCAAACAGGUUGGACACUGACAUCGGCAACUUCCUGAAGGUGUGGAAGACCCUUCCUCCCAGCUCAGCCAGUGUCACUGAGUUGAGUGAUGACACUGACUCUGGGCCCCUGGAGAGUCUGCCAAAUGUGGAAGAAGUCAGGGAAGAGAAGGAGGAGAGGCAGGAUGAGGAGCAGAGACAGGGGCAGGGCACGCAGAAGCUGGCUGAGGAGGACGAUCUUGACUCUUCACUGGCAUCAGUGUUCAGGGUGGAGUGCCCGUCCCUUUCGGAGGAGAUUCUGCGGUGCCUCAGCCUCCACGACCCCCCUGAUGGAGCCCUGGACAUCGAUCUCCUGCCGGGGGCAGCUUCCCCCUACUUGGGCAUCCCCUGGGAUGGGAAGGCUCCCUGUCAGCAGGUUCUUGCCCACCUGGCCCAGCUCACCAUCCCCAGCAACUUCACUGCACUCUCCUUCUUCGUGGGCUUCAUGGACUCCCACAGGGAUGCCAUCCCCGACUAUGAAGCCCUUGUGGGCCCCCUGCACAGCCUCCUCAAACAGAAGCCCGACUGGCAGUGGCACCAGGAUCAUGAGGAGGCCUUCCUGGCCCUGAAGCGAGCCCUGGUGUCUGCUCUCUGCCUGACGGUCCCCAACUCCCAGCUGCCCUUCCGCCUAGAGGUGACUGUGAGCCACGUGGCCCUGACGGCCAUCCUUCAUCAGGAGCACUCAGGGAGAAAGCAUCCUAUAGCCUAUACCUCAAAACCCCUCCUCCCUGAUGAGGAGAGCCAGGGCCCCCAGUCAGGGGGAGACAGCCCCUACGCCGUGGCCUGGGCCCUCAAACAUUUUUCCCGCUGCAUCGGAGACACCCCAGUAGUCCUGGACCUUUCCUAUGCCUCCCGGACCACUGCGGACCCUGAGGUGCGGGACAGCCGCAGGGUUUCCAAAGCUUGGUUGAUCCGAUGGUCCCUCUUGGUUCAGGACAAAGGCAAGAGGGCCCUGGAAUUGUCCCUCCUCCAGGGCCUGCUGGGGGAGAACCGCCUGCUGACCCCCGCGGCCUCCAUGCCUCGCUUCUUCCAGGUUCUGCCGCCUUUCUCCGACCUGUCCACCUUCGUCUGUAUCCACAUGUCGGGCUACUGCUUCUACCGUGAGGAUGAGUGGUGUGCUGGCUUUGGUCUGUAUGUUCUGUCGCCCACCAGCCCCCCUGUCUCCCUUUCCUUCUCCUGCUCUCCUUACACACCAACCUAUGCCCACCUGGCAGCUGUAGCCUGUGGCCUGGAGCGCUUUGGCCAGUCCCCGCUCCCGGUGGUUUUCCUCACUCACUGCAACUGGAUCUUCAGCCUCCUGUGGGAGCUUCUGCCCCUCUGGAGGGCCCGGGGCUUCCUCUCCUCUGAUGGGGCUCCACUCCCUCACCCGAGUCUGCUCUCCUACAUUAUAUCUCUCACCUCUGGCCUCUCAUCCCUUCCGUUUAUCUACCGAACCUCCUACCGGGGCUCUCUGUUUGCUGUGACAGUGGACACCCUGGCCAAGCAGGGUGCCCAGGGGGGUGGGCAGUGGUGGAGUUUGCCAAAGGAUGUGCCAGUCCCUGUAGUGACUCCCCAUGCCAUGGGCAGGAGGCCCAACUUGCUGGCAUUACAGCUGAGCGACAGCACCCUGGCCGAUAUAAUUGCCAGGCUGCAGGGUGGGCAGAAACUGUCCGGCUCCUCACCCUUUAGUUCUGCCUUUAACUCACUCAGCCUUGACAAGGAGAGUGGAUUGCUUAUGUUCAAGGGAGAUAAGAAGCCCAAGGUCUGGGUAGUCCCAACGCAACUCCGGAGGGAUCUGAUUUUCUGUGUGCAUGACAUUCCCCUGGGGGCCCACCAGAGGCCUGAAGAGACCUACAAGAAGCUGCGCUUGCUGGGGUGGUGGCCCGGGAUGCAGGAGCAUGUGAGAGAUUACUGCAGGAGCUGCUUGUUCUGCAUCCCCCGAAAUCUCAUAGGCAGCGAGUUGAAGGUGAUUGAGUCCCCGUGGCCCCUCAGGUCUACCGCUCCCUGGUCGAACCUGCAGAUCGAGGUGGUGGGCCCGGUCACCAUAAGUGAGGAGGGCCAUAAGCAUGUGCUUAUUGUGGCCGACCCCAACACCAGGUGGGUGGAGGCAUUUCCCCUGAAGCCCUACACACACACGGCAGUGGCCCAGGUGCUGCUUCAGCAUGUGUUUGCAAGGUGGGGUGUUCCUGUGAGGCUAGAGGCAGCCCAGGGGCCCCAGUUUGCCCGGCACGUCCUUGUGAGCUGUGGGCUGGCCCUGGGGGCUCAGGUGGCUUCCCUGAGUAGGGACCUCCAGUUCCCCUGCCUGACAAGCUCAGGGGCCUACUGGGAAUUCAAGCGGGCCCUCAAGGAGUUUAUCUUCCUGCAUGGGAAGAAGUGGGCAGCCUCCCUGCCCUUGCUGCACCUGGCCUUCAGGGCCUCCUCCACUGACGCCACACCGUUCAAGGUCCUGACCGGUGGUGAGGCCAGGCUGAUGGAGCCCCUGUGGUGGGAGAUGAGCAGUGCAAAUAUUGAAGGGCUCAAGAUGGACGUCUUCCUGCUACAGCUGGUGGGGGAGCUGCUGGAGCUCCACUGGAGGGUGGCCGACAAGGCGAGUGAAAAGGCCGAGAACAGGCGUUUCAAGCGGGAGAGCCAGGAGAAGGAGUGGAACGUGGGUGACCAGGUCCUCCUGCUGUCUCUCCCCAGGAAUGGCAGCAGCGCCAAAUGGGUGGGUCCCUUCUAUAUCGGGGACCGGCUGAGCCUGUCACUCUAUAGGAUAUGGGGCUUCCCAACCCCAGAGAAGCUGGGGUGCAUCUAUCCCAGCAGCCUGAUGAAGACCUUUGCCAAGAGUGGCACCCCCCUGUCCUUCAAGGUCUUGGAGCAGUGAGCGAGAGCAGCAGGGGAGCCCCCUGCCCCAGGGCCCUGGAUUUCUGCUGCUAGGCCUCCCCCUGUCCCAGCAGUGCUCUCAGUCCACUGGGGACCCUCAGUUGUGCCUUUUGUAGAGAAGUUGCUUCAUAAAGCUUUGCUGAAUUGCCUUGAACUAGGGACCAGCAUCCACAUGGAAACAUCCCCAGUUUGGGGUACUUGGAGAAUUUGCCAAAGGCUGUCAGAUACAGGUCUCUGGCAGUUUUACAUUGGGAAGUAGAGUCCUCCUACUGGGAUAUACCAGGCUCAGUGUCUUUUCACUAAGUAUCCUUUUCCCCUUCACACGUCAUAAGUGUGUGGUGGUGUGCGCACAUACGCCCACCCCAGAAUCUUACUAUCUUGGCCAUGAAACUGGCUCUAGACCUCAGAAUUGGAAACAGUCCUUUCCCAGACAGAAACCCCAAAUGUGGGCUCCUCCCUCCAACCUGUUAUUUUGGGGACCUUUUGCCCUUAGAAUUGUCACAGCUGACAUAAACCUGGGCAGGCUGUGGGGAGUGCCUCCUAGCCUCAUGGUCAGCUUUCUUAAGCCAGGUGUGGCCUGCUCAGCUGUCAGGGCAGGGCUGGCCAUGCUCCCAGGCCUCGAGGGCAGUGUCUUGGAGUAGGAGGAUGGCCGGCCACGAGCCAUCAGCUUGUCAGCAUGGGAGGGGCGGGGGGAAAUGGGUUGGCCUACCUCAUUUGACUCCAGGCAAUGGAGACAACCAAGACCCUUGCUUUGAUGGUGUCCACCCCACAGGAAUCAAGGAUCUUGAUGCCAAGUGUGGCAUCUCUACCUGAAGAGCUGCUUCUGUUAGACCCAGGGGCCCCAGCCUCUGUUUUAAGGGGGGAGGGCGUCUGCAACAAGAGGCUGGCACACGGCAAAGUGCUGGCAUGGCUCUACCUCCCGACCCUAUCCCAAAGCCCAUCGCCCUCUACUCCUUCCAUCUCCACUGUACCCCGCAUCCCAGACCCUACAGAUUGUGUGAUUGCUUCAUCUGUAUCAUCCCCCAAGUCCUGUGGAUCUGCCUUCUGUGUAGAGCAAAACCCAGGCUCCCACGCAGCCAUUCUUUGCAGAGAGCACCCUUGCAGUGAGAGUGAGUUCCUCGCAGGUACGCUCACCCCUCUAAAGUGCUGCCAUUGUCAAGGAAGUGGGCUCCAUUUGAAGGCCAGUGCCAUGUCACUCUGGCUGGCCUUCUGAGUAGUCUCAUUUCUCCAGAAGCUGAGCCAGUCUCCUGGUCUAGUUCAGGUUGCCAGAACGCAUGGCGUUGCAGAGUGCUAGAACCAGUGAAGAACUCGCCAUCUUGCUUGUUUUACAUCAGAGGAAAGAGGACCACAGAGGGAAAGUGACUCGCCCAAAGUCACACAGCUAGUUAGAGGCUGAGCUGAGACCAGGGUUAAGCUUCCUGAUUCCCAGUUCACCAUGAAAAGGGUUCUAGCAACAGAUUCAAGCUGGAGAAUCCUUCAAAAUCCUAUAUCCACAUUCUCCAACUAUUCAUCUCUCCAAUCUUCCAGACAAACCUUCUGGAUGUUGCCUUUAAACCAUUUCUAGCUGUUAAGCCUGUCCAGAAAAAUGGUUGAGUGACAGCUGAGAAGUGGAAAGGUGAGCUGUGGGAUAUUUGGCAGGUGCUCUCUUUCAUACUCCCCGCCGCCCCUUCUUUCUCUUCCUCCUACGCCCUGCAAUGUUACGUCCAGCCUCACUCUCCUCCCUGGUGCUGUAUGCGUUCCCCUUGUUAGCUGCAUUUAUGAUCACACACCCUUCCUUUAAGUGAUUUUUUUUCAUUUGAUUUGUCAAUAAACGAAUCAAACUGGA